AUGGGUUUGGAACAAAAUUACAACACCUAUCAGUCUUCCCCUAACCCAACAUUGCAAAACAUAAAUCUUAAAGUUUUUCAUGGGAUGAGGGUUGCAGGUUGUGGUACUGUUGGAUCAGGCAAAUCUACUUUACUUUCUUGUGUGUUAGGAGAAGUACCAAAGAUAUCAGGCAUCCUUAAGGUUUGUGGAACAAAGGCCUAUGUCACUCAAUCUCCAUGGAUACAAAGUGGAAAGAUAGAAGAUAAUAUAUUGUUUGGAAAACAAAUGGAUGGGGAAAAGUAUAAGAAGGUUCUUGAGGCCUGUUCCUUGAAGAAGGAUAUGGAGAUUUUGCCAUUUGGUGAUCAGACAAUUAUAGGAGAGCAAUGUACCCCAACCAAGCAUAAGUUCACAGCAAUCCAUAAUUCUCCAAGCUUUUGCUUGUAUUCUCCUGAUCAUAGUCUUGAUUUGAAAAGCCAUUGGUUGACUAAUCUCAGACUCGCAAGCAUGGGGUUUGAGCUUCACAAUUCUUUAUCCACAAUCCUUCCUUUCUUCAUCUUAGUGUUCAUGCUAAUCAACAUACUUUGGAGAUCAAAAACCAAGAAUUCAAACUCCAAGUUGCCGCCAGGACCACGGAAGCUACCCCUCAUAGGGAACAUACACCACCUUGGAACUCAGAUUCAUAGGUCUCUAGCAGGAUUGGCACUUCAAUAUGGUCCACUCAUGUAUAUGCAGCUUGGUGAGCUUUGCUGCAUAGUGGUAUCUUCACCCGAAAUGGCCAAAGAAGUGAUGAACACGCAUGAUAUCAUCUUUGCUAAUAGGCCUCAUGUGCUUGCUGCUGAUAUUAUCACUUAUGGCUCUAAGGGCAUGACCUUCAGCCCGUAUGGAACUUACUGGAGGCAGAUGAGAAAGAUUUGUACCAUCGAACUACUAGCACCAAAGCGUGUUAACUCCUUCAGACCAAUCAGGGAACAAGAGUUGUCAAAUUUUGUCAAGGAGAUAUCUUUGAGUGAAGGGUCACCUAUUAAUCUCACCGAGAAGAUUUGUUCUUUAUCAUAUGGGCUUAUGUCACGGAUUGCUUUUGGUAAAAAAUCCGAAGACCAAGAGGCUUAUGUGGAACAUAUGAAGGGUGUUUCUGAGACAGUUGCAGGGUUCUCUGUUGCUGAUCUGUAUCCUUCUAUUAGACUUCUUCAAGUUAUUACUAGGAUUAGGACUAGUGUUGAGAAGAUCCAUCAAGGAAUGGAUAGGGUGCUUGAGAACAUUGUUAGGGAUCACAGAGAGAAAACUUUGGACACAAUGGCUGUUGGUGAAGAAGAUAGGGAAGAUCUAGUUGAUGUUCUUUUAAGGCUUCAGAAAAAUGGUGAUCUCGAACACCCCCAAUCUGACGAUGUUAUCAAAGCAACCCUUUUGGACAUAUUCAGUGCUGGAAGCGAUAGUUCAUCAAUAAUUAUGGAUUGGGUAAUGUCAGAACUUGUGAAGAACCCUAGGGUGAUGGAGCAAGUGCAAACUGAGGUAAGAAGGGUCUUUGAUGGAAAAGGAUAUGUGGAUGAAACAAGUAUUCAUGAGUUGAAAUACUUGAGAUCCGUUAUCAAAGAAACCUUGCGUAUGCACCCACCUGCUCCAUUGCUGCUUCCAAGGGAAUGCGGUGAGACAUGUGAGAUUAAUGGGUAUGAGAUACCAGCCAAAAGCAAAGUAAUUGUUAAUGCAUGGGCAAUUGGGAGGGAUCCUAAUCACUGGAUUGAACCUGAGAAAUUUUAUCCUGAAAGGUUCCUUGACAGCUCAAUUGAUUACAAAGGUGGUGAGUUUGAGUUAAUCCCAUUUGGAGCUGGAAGGAGGAUAUGCCCUGGCAUCAAUCUUGGCAUUGUGAAUAUUGAAUUCUCGCUUGCAAAUUUGCUUUUCCAUUUUGAUUGGAAGUUGCCUAAAGGGAGUAUGCCUCAAGAACUUGACAUGACUGAAUCCUUUGGCUUGGUAGUAAAAAGGAAACAUGAUUUGGUGUUGAUUCCUAUCACUUACCACUCAUCUACAUAG